AUGAUAGACGCUGGAAAGCUACAAGAGUACGUGAAAAAGGAUUUUGGGAAAGGUCCUGGACAGUUUGGCACAACACAUGUGAUUAACACACAUGUGAUUAAUGUCAGUCACGCUAGGAUCCAUUCAAUGACCAGGCGGGCAUCGGAAGAUGAGACCAGGAGAAAGCUCAGACAGUUAAAAGAAUGGUACUUGACAAAUCAUAUCGAUUUUGUCAGUGGAAAUGGAGCAGAAAUUCGGGAGCUUGAAUUCACAAAGAUCGAGUUCUCUGAAGCAGACAUGAUAGGUGUAUAUUCUCUCUACAAUGAUGUUAUCGUUAUAACUGCUUGGAUUGGAAUGUUUCGUGUACACCAGAUUCUAGUGGAUACAGGAAGCUCAGUGAGCGUGCUGUUUUCAGGAGCCUAUUCCUCUAUGAAUCUCCCACAUGACUUGGUCGAAGAGGAUGAAAAUCCAAUUAUCGGUUUUAGUGGCGAAGUUACAAAGGCGAUUGGAAAAGUUAAGAUACCUAUAACAGUGGCUGACAAGUCCGUUUUAGGCAAUUUCUUGUUACUUGAUUGUCGAUCUCCCUACAAUGUGAUUGUAGGACGAGACUGGCUGCAUGAGAUCGAUGUAGUCAUAUCCUCAUAUCAUUAA